CUUUUUGCUCCCUGCAUUGGAUACUCAAAUCCGCGCAGAAAUGGCUGAAGGAACGUCUCCAAAAUCGCCCGUCGGAUCGCCUCCGAAAUCCGUCGGCUCGCCUCCAAAGUCGGGCUCCGGCUCGCCUCCACCGCUGGUGCCUGAAGCCCAGUUGCAGGCAGACGAUGAGCAGGAGCAAUACGACUCUGCCUACGAGGAAUCGGAAGCGUCUGGCAGCCGUUUUUCGUCUCUAAACUCCAGUAUACUUAACUACAAAUACGAGAACGGGCGCCGCUAUCAUGCAUUUCGCGAAGGUGCCUACCCGGUGCCAAACGACGAAGAGGAACAAGAUCGAAUGGAUUUAGUCCAUCAUAUAUAUACUCUUAUGCUUGACGGACAACUUCAACUCGCGCCUAUUGGUAAAAACAUUCAGCGCGUGCUCGACCUUGGUACCGGAACCGGCAUUUGGGCCAUGACUUUUGCCGAUGAUCAUCCGUCCGCACAAGUGUUUGGGACCGACCUGAGCCCUAUCCAGCCCAACUGGACUCCGCCUAAUUGUUUCUUCGAAGUCGAUGAUUACGAAGAAGACUGGGUAUAUCGCACACCAUUCGACUUUAUUCACAUUCGGGAACUUGAGGGAUGUGUCGGCGACUCAGAUAAGCUGUUUCGACAGGCAUUUCGCCACUUGGCUCCUGGCGGGUAUAUUGAGCUGCAGGCUGUGAAUGCCGAAUUCCUGUGUGAUGACGGUACCAUCGAGAAGGCCACAAAUGCCGUAUCCUGGAUGGAAAAUCUGCGCAAGGGCGCUGAGAAGUUUGGCAAGCCGGUGGAUUGCACUGCUGGGUGGAAGGACAAGUUGAUUGACGCAGGGUUCGUCGAUGUUCACCAGGAAAUCCACAAGCUGCCAAUCGGCAUGUGGCCCAAAGACCCAAAGCUCAAGGAGAUUGGGAAAUACCAGUCUGUUCAGGAGCUCCAGGUCGUGGACUCCUACACACCUGGCAUUUUCGCGCAUGGAUUGGGUUGGAACAUAGAAGAGGUUCACGUGUUGAUGGCCCAGGUGAAGAAAGAUCUGAAGGAUCCGUCCAUUCACCUUUACCUUCCAGUCUAUUUCAUUUGGGGGAGGAAGCCUGAGACUAGUUCUGAUUCCUAAGGCCCAUAGCGAGUUUAAAUCAUUUUGUUGGAUUCCAUAUGUGUAUUAUUGACACUCGAUUUGUGUUGCAUAUUGUGGCAGGUUUACCACUCUCGUCAUUUCUCAAGCGCUACUAGUCAAGCAUCCAGUCGCAUCUCAGCAUCGUAUCUUUAUGAUAUGCUUAAUUCCAUAAGUUAUCGAUAGUCCAGCGUAGUAAGUAGCAUAAAUUACCCAGUCCCGCCA